CUGUCAUUUCUGACAAUUAAUGCUCCACCAUCUAAAAGACUGGAUUAUAGGAGUGAUCAUAAUUUUUCGCAUUGAAAAAAUAAAUUAUUCUGUCAGGUAAAUGCAUAUUUGGCAAAAAUGAUGACUUAUUUUCUCUAAGAAUGAAAUAUCUAGUUUAAAUGAGUGUAAUAUUUGAGGAAAUAAUGUCGCAUAUUAAUGCAUUGACAACAAUAUUUUCCUUCGAUAAUUAGAGAACUAAUUGAGAUUGAGAACCAGACAGGGCAAUAAUUUACGGAGUCUUAAUAAUGGAUGCAGUCUUAUGUAUUUAGACUUGUGUAAUUGGAAACACUGGCGUGACUUCACGAUAAUCUUCCUCAAUUUAUCAAUAUGCCGAUAAACGCAUAUUUGAUCAAAUCGCGUUUGGUUAAUUCGCGUCACGGUUCGGAAAACUGUGUAUAAUUUCAUGGGGGGACAGUGAUUAUCUAGAAUAGAGUGCACUGAGAUGACCACACCUACACGCCUACACACAUGAUAUAUUCGAAAUCCAUUUAUCUCGGAUUGCCCGACAUUUGUGAUCGUUCAUUCGGCCCACACACCUGCAUUAUUAGUUUCAAAAUCAUAAUUACGGAACAUCUCAUGACCGAUUAGAUUGAGGGCAAAGGACUUUGAAAGUUUGAAAUGAACAGUCUUGAAAUUUUUAACAGCAAUAUAAGGAAAAUAAUCAGGAAAUUAAUUUUACCUUCGAAAUAAAUUAAUUAUGCGUUAGAGAUAUUUCCCAUUAUGUGAAUAAAUUGAAUAUAAGGAUCGCCUAUAUAAUAAAAUAUUUAUUUCACAGGUUUUCUUAAUUGCAAAUCCUGCCAGAGAUGCAUUGAUCUACUGUAGAAGUCUACAAAUUCUCCUCGUGUGAGUGUCCUAUUUUUAUUAACAUUUUUCAUAAUAUGAACAAAUUAACUCGAAUUAUUCCUGAACAAAGUGAAGACUCCUCAUGCGCUUAAACAUAAAGACUUGCUUGAGAACAUAAUUUUUGUCCAUUCUAAACGACUCCAAGGUGCGUAAAAAUGAGAAAUGAUAAGGGCCCCCAAGGAAUCAGUGAGCGGAAGUAUGAUGUAGGCUCGUGGCUUCCUGUCACACUUCAGUGGUUCUCCUUUGACCAUUUUUUUUUUGCUUUAUGAAGAAAUCUUUCAUCCUUGACUCUCGACUGAAACCACAAACCAGCUUCUUAUGCUUUCUAACUCUUUGACAUAUUAUGACCAGGAGAUUCCUAUAGGACGAGUAUAAAAGCAAGACCUCGGGCUCGGAUGAGAGGCAACACUCGUGGCCUUAUAAGGAUUGCGACUGUAUGCCUGUUUAUAGAGAAUACGAAAGAGGUCGACAUCGGUGAGCAACUUGGAUGAAUACCAUGACUUUCAAGUGUAUCGUCAAGCACUGGAGAUUACUGGCUUAUACUCAAUUGAUGAUUGUUUUUAUUAUCGCGCGGGCUUUUCUGUGGAUUGAACUGAGUAAAUAAACCGCGACCAUCUACAAUUUCAAUAUUUGAAGUUCAAUGUCUCCCGAUCAAAGGGAUUUAGGGUAAAUGAUAUACGGUAAUACCAGUGUGUAAAGAUGCAUUUUAAUCUGCAAAGAAAGCCUCGGAUAUUUACGAUCGUAAUUUUGUUUUGAAAUUCUUCUGCAAACCAAUUUGUUCCAGUUAUUCUUAAAAUAUUUCCUUCUCACCCCUUUGCAAAAUUAAAUAAACCGGAAUUCGCAAACAGUUAUUUAAAAAUAAAAAACACAUUAUCCUUUGAGGGCCCUUCAACGUUCCGACAAAUUACGGCCCUAAACCUUUUAACGACGUAACGGAACUCCUGCCAUACUCGUAAGUCUUCUUUUCCGGAUUUCUAUAUAACUUUAUUUUCAUUACAAAAUACGAAAAUUCAGCUUAAAUCCGUAACCGACUGUUCAUUUUUGGCUUAAAUUUGUGAUACACAUAGAUCAGGAAUUUAUCCUGAUCUAUGUUUUCCAAUAUUUCAUGCAAUUAAAUUUUAUUUUUAUUUUACAAGUCAUUAAUACUUUGAUGAAAAAUGUAAAUCGAGCAAUUCGCGUCUUCCUGCAUGCAGCAUAAUGUCAUAAUUAUUACUCCUAAUAAUUAUUCCUACAAUUACAUCUGAACUAUUCAUAAAAUUUCAAUUUUCUCCUAACAGGUUACGAUGACUCAAUAAGGUAACUGGGGCAUGUAAGAUCGACGGACUGAGCAGUGUUACCUUGAGUAGUGAAAUAAAUCACUGAUUGAUUAUAGUUGUAUCACCAGUAACAGCCCAAGGAAAUGCUAAAAAAUGUGAUAUCAACUUAAAACUUGAGCUUCAUAAAUUAUUGAAUAAUAUCAACUGUGCAAGCUAGAAAGUCUUCAGACUGAGAAGUAAUGCAAAAAAUGCCAUCAAUUAACUCGUUUAAUAGGUCUGAGUGGUCUUCGAGUGGCACGCAGACCCAGUGGCACGCGUCUACUAUGAAAUAACGAGUGAGCAAUUGUGGAGAUACUCAGAUUCAUUUCUUAAUGUUCACCAACUUGAAUUGAACGUUAACUAACGUACAGUGGCUUUCCGUGUGACCGUGACGGUUAACGAACCCAUCGAGGGGGAAGCCUCGGUAUUUAUCGACCGGCUGGACGAAUCGAACGGCUCGGCUUCACUGCAGCAGCUUCGAAAAAUACGAGGGAGACUCCACAAUGGGGAAAAAACGAACCUAUCGAUUUUUUUUUUCAUUGAAUUAUCUCUGUAAUGGAGAAUUUUAUGAGGAAACGUCAAAGGACCAUCCCGGCUGCUGAUGAGAUUCACCAUUGAAAAUUCCUGCUGACAUUUUGUCGAAACAUCGUGUUCAAUGGGACAGGAAUUCUCAAAAAUGAAAAGAUACUAAGGGACCUUAUCAUCAGGCUAAUAUUUAUUCUGCGUAAACGGAGAAUAAAUCAUAGAAGUCCGCCAGAAGUUGAGCGGCAGCCGAGUUCUGUCACUAAAAAUACACUCACCCCAUAGAUCUGUCAAUCAUCACCUGCAUAAUUAUACCGAAGAAAGACAUCCCUUUAUUCAUGGUCACUACCAGACAAAGAACGACACGUGCUCAACGAGACUGCACUAACAUUAUUUUUAGAAUUGAAGAUGGCAUUAGCAUUCCCGAGAUGGAGUAAAAUACAAUCUAUCAAAAACCACGCCCUUGUCGCUUCUCUCCUUCGUUCUGUUCAGCUCUGUCUCCAUGGCCCUCUCAUCAGCUACCCCCCACCAGCUUCAGUACAAAAAAAAAUCGGCUGUUGUGGAUCGAUUCUGUCUAAUCUGUCAUUACGUUGAAUCAUCGAGUUCCGAUUGAAAUUAUCCCCGAAUCAUCGCAGCAAUUCAAUAAAAUUUAUUCUUUUAUCGGAACUUAACACUCAAGGACGGCAAUAAAAAAAUACUGAAUACCUAAAUGAUGAUUCAACCCAUGAAGAAUCAAUGACUCUUUGUAUUGAUUCUAAUCGAUAGAUUACCAGGAUAAUUCACUGAGCGGAGUACAUUUGCGAAAAUGCGCAGAUCGAUAAGGACUCCAACCCAGGUGUUAAGUCGCGAUUGCGAGGUAAAUUUUGCACUUUAAUAAUUUCUAAUUUAUCUCGUUAAUGAGUAAACUGAAUUGAUCAUCGAGUCAAGCCUUUUCUGUAGGAAAUUUCCUCCUUGACAGAGAAUGACAUAUUACACUUUUCUCUAAAUCUACACGUCAACGAGAUAUCUGCAUAAGUAUUGGAGUUGUCAAAAUCGAGUCAACGAUGAAACUAUCAUUGAAAGGUAAUUUUUGUGGUUUCAGAAUAUUUAAAGGUCUGAUAAUAUUUACAAAUCUUGGAGCACACUUUUGGUGUAAGGAUCAGGGUGAGAGGACCGGUACAAGGAAUUCAAUGACGUGUCUUCCAUAUUCGGAGCAGUUUGGUGCAAAUCGAAUCGUUUCAUCGUCGAUAAAUGAAUUGAUACUUACUUAUGGAAAUGCUGUCAUUCACCCUGGGCGUCACUUAAACGUGAUAAUCGGUCCGAAUGGCACCGGCAAGUCGACAAUUGCGACAGCCCUGGCUCUAGGCUUUGGUGGUGCUCCAAAGUUGAUUGGAAAACCUGACAUGCAGGUUGGAAUGACUGUCAAAGCUGGUUGCGAAAAGGCGAGGAUUGAUAUUGUCAUUAGGAAGACACCAACGGCGAAUACGACGUUCUCAAGGACGAUCGACAGUAACAGCAAAUCCACCUUCUUAAUUGACAAUCAUGUUGUGUCAGGUGCCAAUUUCAAGCAGGCGGUCAAAGAUUUUCGGAUUCAGGUUGACAACCUGACCCAAUUCCUUCCUCAAGAGAACAUCAAAGGCUUCUCCGAGCUCAGUGGCAAGGAAUUACUCAUGAACACCGAGCGUUCUGUGUCCGACACUUCCCUGGAAGAUAACCACAAGACUCUGAUCGAAAAUCGAAGACAGCAGAAGAUCCUUGAGCAAGACAUGGCUCAGCGGAGCGCGCGCCUCGCCACCAGCGAGCAACGCUAUACCGCCCUCGCAGAAGAGGUCAAUCAGUUCAAAGAGCGCAAGAAUCUGAAGAAGAAGCUUCAAGCCUUGAAGCAAAAGCGCGCCUGGAUGAAGUACGACAUGCAGCGACUGGAGUACGAGGAUGUAAAAGACCGUCGAAACGAAGCUGCUCGGAAAAAGCAGAGCUGCAACGAGUGCCUGCGCCCUAUUGUUGUCGCUGUUAAGUCCCUCGAAGGAGAAGUCAGAGCUUUGGAACAAAAAUACGAGCUGAACACGAGAAAAAUCACAGACUUCAACAAACAGCACAAUAAGUGGAUCGAGGAAAUCUACGAUGUCAACCAUAUGAUCAAUACCGAAGAGCAAAAGUGCAAAGCAGAGAUUGAAAAUGAGAAGAAACGAGAUGAGAAAAUUCUGGAGCAACGUAAGUUGAGUGAGAAGUAUGAGAAUGACAUGCUGGCCCUGGAGGAAGAGUACGGAACUGAAGAGAAGCUGCGUCAGCAGAUAUCCCAGAUAGAUCCACAAAUACAGGCUCGUAGAUCAGUUAUCACACGUCUUUCAGAGGAAUUAAAUAAUAGGAAAGCAGAGGUGGAGCAGUUAUCGUAUCAAAUAAAUAACUUUAGACGAGAGCAAAAAUCUCUGAAGGAUAUUGAGUCUAAACGCUUGGAGAUUCUGCGACACGCCAGCAAGGAUGCCCACAGUGGAGUAAUGUGGUUGCGAGAGAACACCCACCUCUUUAAGAAACACGUCUGGGAGCCGAUGCUGCUGUACAUCCAGGUGAAGGACAACAGUUACUCAAAGUUCUUUGAGAACACGAUUCCUCACAGGGACUUGAUAGCCUUCGUCUGCGAGGACAAGGACGACAUGAGUCUGCUGUUGACUCACCUGAGGACUCGUAUGAAGCUGCGGGUGAACGUUGUUUAUUCCGACGUCUUCAGACCGAUCAACAUGACCCCGAGGAUAUCGUUGAACGAUAUUAAACGGUUUGGCUUCACCCAUUACUUAAUCGAUCUGAUCGAAGCCCCAGAGCCCAUUCUUAAGUACGUGGUGAACAUGUAUCAUCUUCAGAACAUUCCCAUUGGCACGCAGAGAGUCGAGGAGACCUUCGAACAAGUACCAUCGUCGUUCUUCUCGUUCUUCAGCUCGAACAAGCACUACGCUGUGUCUGAGUCCAAGUAUUCAGGGCAGAAAUCAACGAGAAUUAAGGAGACGACUUCCUCAGGGACUCUGUCGGUUACCCUGGACUCAGCCAGGAUCACUGAGAUUGAGAGGAAGGUGGCUGAGGUGAUCCAGAAGAAGGAGAUUGUUAUAAGUAAUUUCCAGGCGCUCGAGGACAAGGUGACAGAAGAGAAAACUAUACUCGAGCAGCUUAGAGAGCAGAAGCAGACGUUGGCGGGGUGCUAUAGUAGAAUACACAACGCCACGUUUAAGAUUAAAGAGGCUGAGAAUAAGCUCCGUAAGCUCGAAGCUGAGCGGAACAACAUCGAUGAGAUUAAAAAGAAGAGGGAUGGAAUCAUCAAGAACCUCGUGAGAAAGCAGAUGAAGUUUUAUGGACAGAUCAAUGACUCUUGUGAGACCGCUUUCAAAAUUGCAAAAGAUUGUGAAACUUUACAGCUCCAGAUGGAGGUGAAAAAGGAUAUCAUCUUUGAACGGGAAGAGGAGUCUUCACAACUGAGGGAGCAGGCUCAUGAGGCUGAAAGGGAAUGGAGUAUUCUGGAGAAAAGCAUGGUGGAGCUGAAUAAUAAGACAAAGAAUCUUCGCGCUAUAGCAAGGGACAUGACUGAUGGAAAAACUCCGCAGGACAAAGAAGGUUUCAAACCAUUCAAUGCUGCAUUUUCCAAGCUACCAUCGUCAAUUUCUGAGAUCGAUGAAUUGGUGGAAAAUACACAGAUGAGGAUUUACGUAUCGAAGGACUAUCCCGAUGCUGAGAAUACGGCGAAAGAGUAUGAGAGACUCGGGGAACAGGUUGAGACGUACAAGCAGGAGCUGGAGGCGUCGAACAGAGAGCUGGUGGAGAGUAGAGAGGAAAUGGAGAGAAUUAGGGAGAUGUGGCUGAAUCCGUUGAAGCUGUUGGUGGACAAGAUCUCGUCUAAUUUCUCGGGCUAUCUGGAGAAACUUGGGUGCGCUGGAGAAGUCAACUUGAUUCAUGGAGAUAAUCCUAAUGAUUUUGAAGAGUAUGGUCUGAAAAUUAUGGUCAAGUUCAGAGCCGAGGAACCACUGCAAGAGUUCACGAAGAGCAGACAGAGUGGAGGAGAAACCUCUCUGACCACUGCUCUGUAUAUGAUUGCUCUGCAGGAGAUGUCUCAGGUGCCUUUCAGGUGUGUUGAUGAGAUCAACCAAGGAAUGGAUGCCACAAAUGACAGAAAGGUCUUUGAGCACAUAAUGGAGAUUACAGCUAAAGGAAACAGUUCCCAGUACUUUUUACUGACACCAAAGCUCCUACCGAAUCUUCCUUACAAUGACAGUGUCUGUGUACUCUGUGUUUUCAAUGGGCCUGCGGUUAUACCGCAUACUGUCUGGACACUUGAGAAUUACGCCAAAAAACUUAAGGGGAGGCAGAGGAAAAGAAUAAAAGACAGGUCUUAAUUUUACUCAAUAUUUCCAAAGUAUUAGUUGCGCUACCGCCAAAAAAUGCUUUUGUAGCUUUUUUUUAUUGAAAAAAGACUAUCGUGGGAGGUAAUGUGUUAUUUUUAUAGGAGUAGUAGCUUUCUUGGUUUCAUGGUAACUGUGGAACGUUCGCGAAAUGAAUUCGACCAUUCUUAAGACUGAUUCGACUUUAGAUGAUCGUUAAAAUAGAUAAGAACACUGAUCAAUAGUUGAAGUUUUCAUUGAUUUUCAAUAAUAUGUUUCAAAUUUUAAUGAUUCGAUUCAAAGGUAUUAACGAUAAAGAAUUAGUUGGGUUUAUUCUUUCAACUAUUACCAGCCCUAUUGCUUGUUCAAUGGAGUAAUAAUCUUGAAUUGAAUUUUUACUCUGUAAUAAUGCUAUCAGAAUUCCAUUAUAUUAACUAAUAAGAAAGGGGAAACGGCAGUGAAGCGAGUUCAAAUGAAUCGAACAGCAGCUAACAGAAUUGGAAAGUCACUAAAAGAUGUUAAUACUUCUAUUUUCAUAUUGAAAAAUAAAUUAAUAUGCAAUGUUCACAGUCACAGGAGCAAAAUAA